AAUAUGGCCGUGCUGCCAACGCUAGACUCCACUCUUAACUAACUAACUAAUAACUAACCUCUAAAUAGCUAAACGAGUAUUCUGACCAUCAAAAAAUGAUAUUGUACCGGUUACAUUAACUUUUUUUUCGCGUACGCAUGGUAAAAUUGUAAAAAUCAUUUUUUAUUACAAUUAUAAUCACCCUAACGCAUAAUUAGUAAAAAAAUUCUAAUCCAGAUUAUGUUUGUUAAAUUAUCUGUUAUUACCAAAUAAACAACUCAAAAAAAAGUCAAAUGUUUUAGUCUUAAUACCCAAUGACUGUUUCAAAGACUUAAAAAAGCGGCUUAAAUUUGCUGUAAUCCUGAGCAUCCAAAACCAUGCUGUGACCAAAGUAACAUUUGUAUGGAAAAAAGUGAUGGUAUAUUCAAAUGUAUUUAUAAAGGAUAUUUAGGAAUGUUUUGUAAAUCAGAUGAGGAUUGCAAUACAGUGUGGCAUGCAAAAUGUUCAACAGGAAAUAUAUGCGUCUGUAGAUCAAAUUAUAUUCAAAUUAAUAAUUUAAUAUGUGCCCCACUAUUAGGUGAAUAUUGUAUGGACAAUGAACAAUGUGCGCCUGAAAAUUCAGUUUGUAGAAAUAAUGAAUGCCAAUGCAAAGCUCAUUAUUCAAAGGAAUUGAAUAAUUUUUGUAAACCAUCUGUGUUGGGAGAAUUAUGUUUUAAUGAUGACUUUUGUAAGCUGGUUAAAUUUUCAAAAUGUUCGACUACUGAUUUUGUUUGUAUUUGUACAUCAAAUACUAUUGCGGUAAAUCAAACAUGUAAGUCACUUUUAGAUGGAUUUUGUGAAGAAGAUGAAGAAUGUGUACCUAAAUAUUCUGUUUGUAUUAAUAAUAAAUGUAAAUGCAACAGUUUUUUUUUACCUUCAUUGAAUACUCAAUGUACAGAAGCUUACAUAGGAAUGACUUGCAAACGUGAUGUAGAUUGUAGCCAAUUCAUAAAUCAUUCAGUGUGUGACAGUCAUAUAUGUUCAUGUAAUUAUGGUUAUUUUCCAAUAAAUUACACAAUAUGUGCGCCAACUUACAAUAGCUUUUGUCAAACAAAUGAGUUAUGUGCAAAUGAUAACUCGGUGUGCAUUAAUAAUAAGUGUCAAUGCAAACCUAAUUAUGUUUAUCGAGACUGGGAAUGCGUGCCAACAUUAUUAAAUGAUCCAUGCAACGAUGAUUCUAAUUGUCGCAAAAUAAAGAAUGCAAUAUGUUCAGUAGAUAAAAAAUGCGUCUGUAGAAAUAAUUUUAAUAAGAUAAAUGAAAAAAGUUGUGGGUCCAUUUUAGACGAAAUCUGUUUGACAAAUAAACAAUGUGCUAUAAAAAAUUCAUAUUGCCUAAAUAAUCGGUGUCAAUGUAGAUUUAAUUUCGUGCCUGUAUCCAGCAAGCAAUGCGCACCAAUGUCCUUGAAAAGAAAUUGUGAAUGCCAUCAUGACUGUCAUAAUAUAAAGAAUUCAAAAUGUUCAAAAAACCGCAUGUGUAUUUGUAAUCCGAAUUACGUUGCUGUAAAUAAUGUGUGUGCACCUAUUUUGAAUGGAUUUUGUUCAACUGGUGAAGUCUGUGCAACCACAAACACUAUUUGUAUUGAUAAUAGGUGUAAAUGUAAACCUAACUACCAACUUCAGCCUAACAAUGACUGCAUACCAGUGCAUUUACAAGGAUCCUGCAAAUUAGAUUCAGAUUGUCGUCUAAUAGAAAAUUCCAAAUGUUCAGAAAAGAAAAAAUGUAUUUGUGACGUAAGUUAUGUUAAAAAAAAUGAAACGUACUGCCAAUUAUGGAGUGACUUUUUUUGCCUUGCGGGAAACUGUUCUGUCACACAAACAGUAUGUAAUUCGGAUGAAGAUUGCAGUGAGAAAAUAAAUACGCGUUGUUGGAAAAAUCAAUGCGUUUGCAAUAACAAUUACGUGAUGGUAAAUAAUGUAUGUUUAGCAUAUCUUAAUGAAUUUUGUCAAAUCGAUGAAGAUUGUGUUGUUGAAAAUUCAAUUUGUAUUUCCAAUCGAUGUCAGUGCAAACCAAAUUAUGCAAUUCGAUCGAUAAAUCAUUGUGAGCCAAUUUCAUUGGGAAUGCCAUGUAAAUCAGCUAUGAGUUGUAGUUUGAUCAAAAAUUCUAUAUGUUCAAAAGAUAAAAUUUGUAUUUGUGACUACAAUCUCUUGGCAGAAAAUGAAUUAAUGUGUAAGCCAAUGAUUGAUGAAUUUUGCUUGAUAGAUGAGCAUUGCUCUGUUGCAAACCUACGUUGUUUCGAUAAUAAAUGUCAAUGCCAAGAAAAUUAUUCACCUGCAUCGGAUAGCCAAUGUGUAGAAACAUCUAUGUUACCCAAUUGUCAUGAACGUACUGAUUGCAACGAUCCAUUACGUACAGAUUGUUCGGAAAAUAACAAAUGUGUUUGUAAAUCAAAUCAUAUUGCAUCUAUUAAUUCGACAUGCCUACCACUUCUAGAUGGAUUUUGUUGGAAAAGUAGUCAAUGCAGCAUUGAAAAUUCUGUUUGUAUUGAUAAUAGCUGCCAAUGCAAACCUCAUUUUCUACGUGUGUCAAAGAAUUUAUGCGUACAAAGUGACUUUAAUAAUCAAUAGUAUAUCAAGUAAUAUUAAAUGUCAAGGCACGAAAAAUAGGAAAUUCCAACCCGCGUGUAUAACAGCCUACUCGAGCCGAAGGCAAGGUUGGCAAACACACGGAUUGGGUCAGCCUACCUUCCCCCUGUAGUGUGUAUAUGAUUUUUCACCAGACCUGCACCUGAAAGUUACAUUUCUGCCUCUGUUUGUAAGGAGAACUGCGCUUGUUCUAAUUUUAAUCGUUAAUCGGGUGUUGGAUUCGAACACGGAACCUUACUAUCGAGAGUAACGAGAAUACUUCCCACGGUGGGAACAGUUAUUAUUCAAAAAUCGAGAUGUAACGUUACAACGGAGGCAGUGCUGUUUUUUUUUUUUUUUUACGAUUCAAAAAAUGUAAUUUUUAAUGCAGAA